UGGGUCCACCUUUAAUCGCUAGGGGACUCUUGUGGUAAGGGUGCGUCAUUGCUAGUUGCAUGAGAGUGUGUGUGUACUGGUGGGGUCCUUUGAACAGCAGUCGUCGCCAUUGAGCGUCGCUAAAGAUGUUGCAGCAGCAGCCUCUGACUGGCAAUGGGCCUUCCAACGGCCGGGGACUAGGCAUGAGCGGCCACCCGGGGAUGCACUCACUCAACUCGGUUCAUCAACCUUCCCAGCACCGGUCCGAUGGAGACCCGGGCCUCGAAGGCACGGAAAAUGGACAUGAGAGUCGUAGAGACAUCGGUGAUAUAUUACAGCAGAUAAUGACUAUUACCGACCAAAGUUUGGACGAGGCGCAGGCAAAGAAACAUGCACUGAACUGCCAUCGAAUGAAACCCGCUUUGUUCAGCGUUUUGUGCGAGAUAAAGGAGAAAACUGGUCUGUCCAUGAGAAACAACCAGGAGGAGGAGCCUCAAGACCCCCAGCUUGUGCGAUUAGACAACAUGUUGCUGGCCGAGGGCGUGGCUGGGCCAGAGAAAGGGGGGGGUGCUGCGGCAGCAGUGUCCGCGGCGACCAGCUCUGGCGGAAUGUCCCCGGACAGCUCAUUGGAGCACUCGGACUACAAAAGCAAGUUGAGCCAGAUUCGCAGUAUCUACCACACUGAGCUGGAAAAAUACGAACAGGCCUGCAGCGAGUUCACGACGCACGUGAUGAACCUCCUGCGGGAGCAGUCACGAACGCGGCCCGUGUCGCCACGGGAGAUCGAGCGCAUGGUGGGCAUCAUCCACCGCAAGUUCAGCUCCAUCCAGACGCAGCUGAAGCAGAGCACCUGCGAAGCCGUCAUGAUCCUGCGCGCCCGCUUCCUCGACGCCAGGCGCAAGCGGCGUAAUUUCAGCAAGCAGGCUACGGAGGUGCUGAAUGAGUACUUCUACUCCCACCUGUCCAACCCCUACCCUAGCGAGGAGGCUAAAGAGGAGCUGGCCAAGCAGUGUGGAAUCACGGUUUCCCAGGUUUCCAACUGGUUCGGCAACAAGAGGAUCCGCUACAAGAAGAACAUCGGGAAGUUCCAGGAGGAGGCCAACAUCUACGCCAUGAAGACGGCCCUGGUGGCCACGCAGAACGACGACUCGCCACACACGCCAAACUCCACAGGGUCCGGGUCCUUCUCUCUGCCCGGGUCAGCUGACCUGUUCCUGGGUGGGUCACAGAUGAACGGAGAACAGCCCGGCUACAUACUAGGAGGACAGACCAACGGCAGCUGGACAGGAAGGAACACGUCGCCGCACGCCGCCUCGCCCCGUAGCGACGGGUCGGACCACUCGGAGUGAUGCCCCCCCCCCCCCACUCCCCCUGGCGUGCGUUGCUACGGCGACCCCUGAAGAUGAGAUGAACACCGGCGAAGACAACGAAUCUCACUCCACCACCUGCUUGGCUGCAGUUAUCUCCGACUUUGGGUCUUUUUCUUACUGCUUGUCACCGCUCAUGUAUGUUUUCAGUGUGUGUGUGUGUGUGUGGGUGUGUUUGGGGCCCUGUUCACACGUCUUCAGAUGUGAGUCCAGAUGUGUGUGUUCACACACUGGAUGUUAACUUGCGUCUCCACAGUCAACCUCUUGUUGAUUGGGUUUUGCUUUCCCACACAAUAUGCAAAUUGCCCUAGACAUCUGGUAUUUUAAAUAAAAACCACUGGAAUCACUUUUUUUAUGUAUGAGGCAAGCUGGGUAGCUUUACAAAAUGGAGUAUAGCUGGAUCUCGCAAUAUGCUAGCACAGGUAUCCCUUGAUUCGCGUCUCCAUGACGAUGCGAGCGGUUCGAACAAUCAAUGGUGUCCAGUGCACACCUCCUGGAAUGCAACACUACCCUGAUAUCUUGGUCAUGCUGAUGGGAUUGUAAUUUGUCUGCAGCGUUAACACCUGUGGUUUAAGAAGCCGAUCUGGAUGUGACACCGGAUCAGCAGUGUGAACCGGGUCAGUGGUAUGUGAAGUGCAUCACCUGUGUUUUUAUUACUAGGUAUAAGGGGUUUGUUUUCCACUAGUCUUGACUAUGUUACUGCGGUGUGUGUUUGUUGGGGUUGGGGCUGUCGUCUUGAGGGAAAAUUGCAUUAUCAGCGUUUUUUAACACCCUAUUAUUAUUAUUAUUGUCGUUUUUAUUAGUGGUGCAACGACUAUUUUAAGGUUUUCUUUUUACCGAGCUCAGAUAGUGAGAAUGCAUUCAGCGAAUGAGGCGCGAUAGAGAAAAAUCCAAAGAUUUAGUGUGUUUGUUUCUCUGGUUAGGUUUCGUAUUUCUACUGGGCUCCUGCGUUGCUAUAAGGGCGCGCCCUUGCGCGUCCCCCACUAACGGUUUGAAUGAGUAUAUCCACAGUGCUGUCUUUUUCUGUACAGUGAAACACCUGUAUUCUCUCUACCUCUUUUACAAUAAAGACUAUGUAUUCAUCUGUACGUAUUCUUCCUUUUAUUAU